AUGGAGAAUUGGGUAGUGGAGAUCCGCGAGGAACUCAAGAACAUCGACCAGAGACUCGAGAUCGCUCAAUGGAGCAAGCGGUCAAUCUACAAGGUACCGGCCUGCAUCAAGGACCUGAACCCUAAGGUGUACCGGCCGCAGGUGGUGUCGUUCGGGCCGUACCACCACGGCGCUCUGGACUUGGCGCCCAUGGAGGGGCACAAGCGGCGGGCGCUGCUGCACUUCCUGAAGCGGUCGAAGCGCCCGCUGGAGGAUUUCGUGGCGGCUAUGAAGGAGGUGGCGGGGCCGCUGCGGGAGGCGUACGAGGGGGUGGGGGAUGAGUGGCGGGACGAGGGGAAGUUCCUGAGUCUGAUGAUCACCGACGCGUGCUUCAUGUUGGAGAUCAUGCGGGCGGCGACGACGAGCGGCGGCGGGGGUUCGAGCGACGACUACGCGGUGAACGACCCGGUGCUCAGCAUCCACGGAAUGCUGUACUACGUGCCGUACAUAAGGCGGGACAUGCUGAUACUGGAAAAUCAGUUGCCGCUGCUGGCGUUGGACGUGCUGCUCACCAUCGAGAGUGGCAAGCCGGCGAAGCAUGACCACGUGAACAAGCUGGUGUUGAAGUUCUUGGGACCGCCGAACGCGCGGGCGUUGACGUUCGUCGGGCUGGGCCUCCACCCCCUCGACGUAUUCCGCCGCAGCCUGCUGCAUUUGGGAGGGCCAUCGAUGCUCGCGAGUGCUGGUCCCCCCGACGAGAUGUCGAACGAGGUGAUCCUGUCGGCGGUCGAGCUGUACGAGGCCGGGAUCCGUUUCCAGCCGAGCAAGAGCAACAGCCUGCGGGACAUCAGGUUCCACCGCGGCGUGCUGAGCCUACCGGUGAUCGUGGUGGACGACUCCACCGAGUACAUGUUCCUGAACCAGAUGGCGUUCGAGCGGCUGCACGUGGGAGCGGGCAACGAAGUCACCUCCUACGUCUUCUUCAUGAACAACAUCAUCGACUCGGCCAUGGGCGUGAGCCUGCUACACUCGAAGGGCAUCAUCCAGAACGCGGUCGGCAGCGACAAGGCCGUGGUGAAGCUCUUCAACAGCCUGUCCAAGGACGUGGUGCUGGACCCAGACAGCAACCUCGACGAGGUGCACCGCCGGGUGAACAAGUUCUGCCGGAAGAGCAUCAACAUGUGGCGGGCACAUUGUCGGGCCAUGGUCAACAUGUGGUGGGCCAGCCUCAUCUACAACUACUUCCGUAGCCCCUGGACGUUCCUCUCCCUCGUAGCCGCCACCUUACUCCUCGUUCUCACCGCUCUGCAGACUGUCUACACCAUCGUCCCAUACUACAACAAAGACACCUCCCCCUCUCGUCAGUGAAUUAAGAUGAAUUAGUCCUCGAGACUUUGGCCCUUGUGCUUGAGUUUGUGUGUGUUUUUUUUCUU